CUUCGCACUGAUAGCCCUUUUAAUAAUCUCGCUGUUGUGCAAGUCUCUUUCUAUCGCCGGAGGAAGAUUCUUUACCUCUCCAGAUUCCCAGACCAUCAGAUACAUAGGUGAGACAUGCCUGCGGUCCCCUCCCUUAAAGACAGCAGUGUUCUGGGCCCUGUUGGCCCUGUGUGCCCGCACGCUGCCAGGCUACGUGUCACCAACGGCAAUGGGGAUGCCAACGGAUCCUCCAAGAUCCAGGAAGGGCCGUUACAACUCCCAACCAAGGGGGGCGUCAGAGACAAGCUAGAGGUGGAGGACGUGACUGAAACCAUCCAGGCGGUGGGGGAGAGGAAGUGGAUCCGUCCCGACCUGCCCAGCCGGUGCACCUGGAGGCUGGGGGGCAGCCACGUCGACUCCCCCCACACCCAUCCUCAACAGACCAAAGCUCCUAAAAUCCUCAGCAACAUCCUCCGGAGGAUCGGUGACACCCCGCUGGUGCGCAUGAACAAGAUCCCCAAGACCUUCGGCCUCAAGUGUGAAAUCUUGGCCAAGUGUGAGUACUUCAACGCGGGCGGCAGUGUGAAGGAUAGGAUCAGUCUGCGUAUGGUGGAGGAUGCAGAGAGGGCAGGACAUCUCAAACCAGGAGACACCAUCAUAGAGCCCACCUCAGGGAAUACAGGUAUCGGUCUGGCCCUGGCUGCAGCUGUGAAGGGUUACCGCUGUAUCAUUGUCAUGCCUGAGAAGAUGAGCAUGGAGAAGGUGGAUGUUUUGAGAGCCCUGGGCGCAGAGAUCGUCCGUACGCCCACCAGCGCUCGUUUCGAUUCACCAGAGUCUCACGUGGGCGUGGCUUGGCGUCUGAAGAACGAGAUCCCCAACUCUCACAUCCUGGACCAGUACCGUAACCCUAGUAACCCCCUGGCCCACUAUGACACCACAGCAGAGGAGAUACUGGAGCAGUGUGAUGGGAAAGUGGACAUGCUGGUGGCAAGCGCUGGCACAGGCGGCACCAUCACUGGCAUUGCCCGCAAACUGAAGGAGAGGUGCCCCAACAUCAAGAUCAUCGGUGUGGACCCUGAAGGCUCCAUCCUGGCUGAACCAGAGGAGCUGAACAAGACAGACAAGACCCAGUAUGAGGUGGAGGGCAUCGGAUAUGACUUCAUCCCCACUGUACUGGACAGAUCAGUGGUGGAUAGCUGGUACAAGUCUAACGAUGAGGAGUCCUUCAACAUGUCCCGUAUGCUGAUCAGAGACGAGGGCUUGCUGUGUGGUGGCAGCUCGGGCACGGCCAUGGCAGCGGCGGUGAGGGUGGCCAAGGACCUGAAGGAGGGCCAGCGGUGUGUGGUCAUCCUGCCAGACUCCAUCCGCAACUACAUGACCAAGUUCCUGAGUGACAAGUGGAUGUUCCAGAAAGGCUUCCUGAAGGAGUCAGACAUCAUGGUAAACAAACCCUGGUGGUGGAACCUGAAGCUGCAGGGGUUGAACCUCUCUGCCCCUCUGACCGUCCUGCCCACGGUCAGCUGUCAGAAGACCAUCAAGAUCCUGAAGGAGAAAGGCUUUGACCAGGCCCCUGUAGUGGAUGAGGCUGGGCUGGUCCUAGGAAUGGUUACUUUGGGGAACAUGCUGGCCUCUGUGCUGGCUGGGAAGAUCAAACCCUCAGACCCAGUCAACAAGGUGAUCUACAACCAGUUCAAACAGAUCCGUUUGACUGAUAACCUGGGGAAGCUGUCUCGCAUCCUGGAGACGGACCAUUUUGCCCUGGUGGUACACGAACAGAUCCAAUACUUGACGGACGGCUCCCCCAGCCUGAAGCAGAUGGUGUUUGGUGUGGUGACGGCCAUCGACUUGCUCAACUUCGUCACGGCCAGGGAGAAGAGGGAGAGGUCCUUCUCUGAGUGCAGUGACCUGUGACCGUGUCCCCGUGACGGCUGGGUCAUGUGCGCACAAACACCUCGUGCACUCACACCUCGUGUACACACACAUGGAACACAUUAAUUAAACAUACAGCUCACAACCAACACACUGUGACUUUAAUGACAAUAUAAAGAACAUGAGGUCGUAUGAACUUGAUUGGUGGACAAACUGUUGUUGCUGCUUUCUCAUGACAUGAGUCAUUUAGCAGAUGGUCUUAUCCAGAGCGACUUACAGAUAGUGAGUACAAACAUUUUCAUACUGUUUCCCCCCAGCUGGUCCCCCGUGGGAAUCCAACCCACAACCCUAGCGUUGCAAGUGCAAUGCAUUCAUAUGAAAGUCUUAAAUCUUUGCUAUAUUUUGCUAGCUUGAUCAUAGAAUGUAGACACUGCCUACAGAGGGAAUUACCAUGUUGCUCUGUAGUGUUUAUUUAAAUGAUCAGAUUGUACCUCUUCCCAUGUACUAAAUCAAUAAUUGUGAAGCCAAUCUUUACUGGGGGAAAAAACGGUUUUAAUUGUGAUUAAUCAAUCAACGCAUUUCAACGCUAUGCAUAAUGACGUAACACUGCAACAAUUACAAAAAGGUUUGGGAAACAGACCUGUAUGUAGAUGUAUUUUUAAAGGUCCAAUGCAGCUGUUUUUAUCUGGAUAUCAAAUCAUUUCUGGGUAACAAAUAAGUAUUUUACUGUGAUUGUAUUCAAUUGAAACAAGUAGCUUCUUAGCAAAGAGCAAUUUCUCAAGCAAGACUUUAGCUAGGACAGUUUGGGAGUGGUCUGAGUGGGGAGGGGAAAACUCAACUAGCUGUUGUUGGAAGAGAGAUUUGGAACAUUUUGCUGUUAGUCUAUUAAAAAAUGUAUUACAUGACGAUGUCACCAUGGAAAGUCGAAACUCCCGCCCAUGCAAACCUGCUGAUUAGAAAGUCCUGUGUAGAUUACAUUUUCAACCAGCAACUAUCAGGAAAUAACACUAAUCACAUUUCUUCCCAUUUUUACAGUGUCAGUUUCAUCAGCUGUAUGAUAUAAAACACAGGAAAAACUGCAUUUUAAGACAGUGUUUUUCCUGUGUUUACAUGCUGUUGCACCAAAACAGGCUGGAAUUUCAGGCGGCCUUUUCAAACAGCUCUGACACUAAAAGGGCAUCAUCAUUUUAGCAAUUUACAUUUCAAUUAUUUAGCAGACGCUCCUAUCCAGAGUGAUUUACAGUAAUGAGUGCAUACUUUUUCAGUCAAUCUAAUGUAUUUAUAAAGCUCUUUUUAUAUCUGCAGAUGUCACAAAGUCCUUAUACAAAAAACUGAAAGAGCAAGCAAUGCAGAUGUAGAACAUAUUAAUUGUACUGUACUUUUCAACAUCAUACUUAAUGAAAAAUCUGACGUUUUGUUUCUGGAAUGGUCAAAUAUGUCUAGCUAGUAGCUACCAAAAUAUCAUUUUUUACAAGAUCAUAUGAAAUUAAAUAGUAUGAUUCAUAUGCCAGUAUAAUACAAGGUCAGAGAUAAUUUGGUGUGCCAACAAUGUAUUUGUACGGUUGUUUAUGCUUUUCACUUUGGACGUAUCAGAGUAAAAAGUCUUAUCGGGAUUUGUGUACUAUAAAAUCACUUUAUACUCUUAUGAAAAAAUAAAGUUGUUAAAACAUCUCUGAAUUUA